UUUGGGGGGAUUAAGGGGUACGCGGGGGCGAAGCAGAGGCCAUGGCAGCAGCGGAGGAGGAGGACGGGGGCCCCGAAGGGCCAAACCGCGAGCGGGGCGGGGCGGGCGCGACCUUCGAAUGUAAUAUAUGUCUGGAGACCGCUCGGGAGGCUGUGGUCAGUGUGUGUGGCCACCUGUACUGUUGGCCGUGUCUUCAUCAGUGGCUGGAGACACGGCCGGAGCGGCAAGAAUGCCCAGUGUGUAAAGCUGGGAUCAGCAGAGAAAAUGUUGUUCCCCUUUAUGGGCGCGGGAGCCAGAAGCCGCAGGAUCCCAGAUUGAAAACCCCACCCCGUCCCCAGGGCCAGCGACCAGCUCCAGAGAGCAGAGGGGGAUUCCAGCCAUUUGGUGACACCGGGGGCUUUCACUUCUCAUUUGGUGUUGGUGCUUUUCCCUUUGGCUUUUUCACUACUGUCUUCAAUGCCCACGAGCCAUUCCGUCGGGGUACAGGUGUGGAUCUGGGACAGGGACACCCGGCCUCCAGCUGGCAAGACUCCCUCUUCUUGUUUCUCGCCAUCUUCUUUUUUUUCUGGCUGCUCAGUAUUUGAGCUGUGUCUACUUCCUGCCCACCUCCAGCCAGAGGAGAAUCAGUAUUGGGGGUCCCUGCUGACCCUUCCUUACUCCUGGACCCUCCCCUUCAACCUCUCCAUUUCUGUCAAUUGAGUCCACUCUCCAGGAGGGUGUGGGGAGUGACAUCUGUGUAUAGGAUGGAAAACCUGCUUUGAACUGCUCACUCGGUGACUCUCAGCUCUGGGAGAGGACAGACUGAAGAUGAUGUCUGUUUCUCCUCUCUUGAUCCUUUGCUUCCCCCCCCGCCCCCCGAUUUCUUGAUUUGAUGUUGAAAGGUGGGCAAGAUUCCUUCUGACUCCCCCACGUUCCCCUUGUUGAUUUAAUUUAAUUCUCCUUGCCCCAGUGUCUUUUAUGGGUCUGACUCUUAAAUGCUUCCUUCCCCUCACUACCUCCUUUAUUACAAAUUCAAUAAACAAGGUGAAAUGUAUUGCUGGGAACUUAGCCCACUCUGUCCUUUCCUGUUUCCUUCUAGGACAGGAGCACCUUCUCCCCAACUUGCGUAGAUGUUGACCUGGUAUAGGGAAGUAUGGGGGUGAGCCCCUUUCCUUUGAGGCUCCCCUCGAUGCAAGGGAUGAAGGCAUCACAGACAUACACACAAGAGCAAACUGGGCAAGAUGUGACACGUGUUUACUCGUCACUGUUGGUGGGGGGCUCUGGUGGUAGAAGGACGUUUGUCGAGGUGAGAUUAUACAGGGGAGAGCUGAGCAGAGUAUGGGAUGGAGUCUGGC